UGACUUAUUGAUUAAUUAAUUGAAUCAGAUAAUUUAAACUUUCAAAAAAAAUGUCAAUUUUUCGUAAUCUAUUCGAUACAUGUAUGUCGAUAUUUUUGAAAACAAUACCCGAACAAUCAUAUACAUUAGAAUUUGAUCCAGUAUCAAGUCGUUAUGAUAUACGUUUAAAAUAUGGUAAUGAUUAUUCAAAUUGUCAUCGUUAUCGACAACAUUGUGAUGCAUUUAUACAAAAAUCUGAUAGUGGUAAUGAUAUUGCUUGUUUAAUGUUACGACCAAUACAACAACCUAAAUAUACAAUAUUAUUUAAUCAUGGUGGUACAGUUGAUUUGGGAAAAAUUUGUAAUUUUCUUUAUACAUUAGCUAAACGUCUUGAUUGUAAUAUAUUUGUUUAUGAUUAUUCUGGUUAUGGACAAAGUAAUGGACGUCCAACUGAAAAAAUUGUCUAUUCUGAUGCUGAAACAGUAUGGAAAUUAUUGAUUAAUAAAUAUCGUUUACAACCACAACAGAUUAUUAUUUAUGGACAAAGUCUUGGUACUGGACCAACAUUAUAUCUGGCAAGUACACAUCGUCAAGUUAAAGGUAUUAUUCUACAUUCACCAUUCAUAUCGAUGGCAAAACUUUAUAUGCCCGGACAAUCAUCUAAUAAAUGUCCAGAUUAUGAUGUUUUUCGAAAUAUCGAAAUGAUUGUACAGGUGGAAGCACCUGUUCUAUUUAUGCAUGGUACUCGUGAUCGUGUUGUACCUAUUUCACAUGCAAGAAAAUUAUUUGAAAAAUGUCCAAAUCCAGUUAAUCCAUUAUGGAUCGAUGGUGGUGGUCAUGAUGAUCUUUAUACAUUUGAAUCAUAUGUAACAAGAUUAAAACGUUUUGUAAAUCAUGAUCUUCAAUCAUCUUAAAAUAAAUCUUUGAAUCAUAGGAUUUUUUUUUUGUUU